AUGUCUAUGCCUACGCCUCGUUGACGUCUUGCACAGUCAGCACUUCUGACCCAUAUAAAUCCCCACCGCUACAAAAUCUGUCCUUCCUCUGCCACGACGUGGAGACAGCAACUCCGUCCAUCCCCCAUCUAAUAAAGAAAGCCAACCACCAAAAUGACUACGGCACAACCCAUAUUUUCCAAGGGAGAAGACUGCAAAGCUGGCUGGCACGACGCGGGUGCUGGUUACAAUGAGACCGACACUCAUCUCGAGAUUUUGGGCAAGCCGGUUAUGGAACGUUGGGAGACUCCGUACAUGCACUCGCUGGCAAUUGUAGCCUCCUCAAAAGGUGGACGGGUUCUGGAGAUAGGGUUUGGCAUGGCCAUCGCGGCAACUAAAGUCGAGUCCUUCCCCAUCGAGGAGCACUGGAUCAUUGAGUGCAAUGAUGGAGUGUUCGCAAGAUUGCAGGAGUGGGCCAAGGCUCAGCCACAUAAAAUUGUGCCCCUCAAAGGACUGUGGGAGGAGGUAGUGGGCGGCCUGCCUGACAACCACUUUGAUGGCAUUCUGUACGACACCUACCCUCUGUCUGAAGACACAUGGCACACUCACCAGUUUGACUUCAUCAAGGGCCAUGCCCACAGGCUGCUGAAGCCAGGUGGCGUUCUCACCUACUGUAACCUGACCUCCUGGGGUGAACUUCUCAAGACCAAAUAUGACAACAUCGACAACAUGUUCCAGGAGACCCAGAUGCCUCAACUGCUUGAGGCUGGCUUCAAGAAGGAGAUGAUUAGCACCACAACCAUGGAUAUUGUCCCCCCAAGCGAAUGCAAAUACUAUGCCUUCCGCAAGAUGAUUACUCCCACCAUUCUGAAAGAGUGAAAUGGCUUGAUGCCACUGCAAUGUCAUGCCUUCUCAAGUGCCUGUAUUUUAAAAAGCCACAUUAGUUUACUGUCAAAUCCACAAGCACUCAGGGAUGUUCAUCUUUCAAUAAACCAAUUUAAAUCACG